ACCAAAGAGUAGUUUAAUGAUAGGUAUAGUUCAUAAUCUGUGGACUUAAGUGAUGUUUUGUGUUUUUAUUUUGCAAUUUUAACUGAUGUGUGAUAAGGCAAUGAAAAAAGUAACAAUUCUAUAAAAAAUAAAAAGGUAAAUAUGGCGCUACCCACGGCACAACCAGCAGAAAUUUUACGUGCCUGGCAGAAAGAUGAUCUUUACGAAAAACAAUUGGCUGGCUCAUUAGCGAAAUUGUUACCAUCUCACCAUGCGUCCAAAGCAAUACCUACGUCGUCUGUGUUAUACAAAUCAUUGACAACGCUUCGCGAUUUGCAAACGCUAGGUGAAGAAUAUUCUGGUAUUGUGCAAGUAGAUGAUACAUAUCACAAAUUACCAUCCUUCUCCAACAGACUAUUGAGCAUUCUGCUGUCCACGUUCGGCGAGAAUAUAACAAGGCAUAUCCUUCGUCAAAUCGAGAGACAAGUUGAGCAGAAUGUAUCCCUAAAACCUGAGGCACAGAACUUUUUCCUUGUUAUUUUACGAGCAUUAGGUAACAUGGUGCCACAAAUUGAAAGUAUACAUAGAGCACUAUCGUAUAUAAACGGUGGGCCUCUCCAGAUUUCAAAGACAGCUACUGGUAUAAACUACGUCCAUGUGAGGCCGGCAGCUUCAGCAUUUUAUGCACAUUUACGAUUAUUAAGUAUUGUGACACUUUUACAUGCAUUUAUAAGCUGUGGCCAAAGUGUGUAUCAAGCAAAGAAACAUUUAGAACAAAUGGCUGACUUUCCCAAUGAAGUGGACAGUAGUAAGUCAUGUGCUGCAUGUCUGGAGGAGAUAGUUCAACCCUGUGUGUUACAGUGUGGACAUUAUUUUUGUAUGCAGUGUUGUUACGGAGCUUUGGAAUCAUGUGCACUGUGUAGGACACCAUUUACAAAAAACACUGUUGUGCCAUUGAUGAAUUACUGUCCUAGUGUAAAAUAAUUUAUGAAAGACAUAAUUAAGCUCAAGUUUUCAUUUGUUACAUUAAUACUAUAAAAUCCUAUAGGUGGGAUGUGAUAAAAAUAUUAUGAUGAAUUAAAAUCAUAUUUAAUACUAUAUAAACUGAAAGGGAAAUGUGCAAUAAAUUGGGAAUUAUAAGUGUAAAGAACA